AGAAUAUUGAUACACUAGUAGAGAUAAAUAAUGUUCGGAAAAGUGAUUCUAGCCGUAUGCGCCGCGUCGUUGAUCGAGGUCAACGCAGCCUCCAACUCUGCCCUCCACAAAAAAGUUACUAGGCGUGAUGCUGAUGAUUGCAAUUGGGACAAAGGAAACAUCAUUAUAAAACCAAAAUUAACGAAUAAAGCAGACGACGAGGGAAACUAUGUAUUCCUUGAGGCCGACAUUGACAGCCAAUUGUCAGAUAUCGAGGCUACUUCUGCGGAAUGUAGCCAGAGUGGCGAGAUCUGCACAUUUUCAGCGGAUUUGGAAAACACAUUAGUUCUUGCGGAUGUCACUUGCAAAGACCUUGAGAAAUUAGAGGUCCAGCUCUACCAUAGUCAAUCAAUACUUCCAGAUGACAAGGAGGGUGAAUAUGACUUCACCGAUGAGUCCAGAGAUCUCGAACCGAGCGACACAUUCACUCUUUUCUCCGGCAAGAGCCUUGGAAUUACCGACGGAGAAAUUGAUUUCGAAUCUCGUAUCGAAUCUACGUCGGAUUGCAAUUGGGACAUCGGGACUAUCAAUUUUGUUCCUAUCAUGGCUAAUGGUCUUGACGAUGAAGAUUUCCUCACUGGAACAACAG